GAUAGUUCGUCCGCCUGAGCCGAAAAGUAACUACUAGAAGGUAGCUAGGUGGGCUAAUGUUUAGCUUUAAUCAGGGGAGGUGACCAGUUUUCCGCUCAGAUGGCUGUACGCUGGCUAUGCAGGUAAGAGCGAAAGUGUUAAAGUGACAAAGUGGUGCUUUUAUAUCACUAUUUUUUUUUAAAAAGCCGGAGUUAUUUGGUGAAGGUGGGGCUCGGUCAGGUGAUCAUCGGUGGCUAGCUUAACGCACCGUCACGGACAAUGACAUUCACGGAGCGGCGUACGUGGAAAACAGGGCUCGGUUACUGCGUUUAUCGGAUCCAAAACGGCUGUUUGAACAAUAAUCCAGAUUUAUUGAGGUGUAUAUUUUGAGUUUUAACGCGGGGGUCGGCGGAGGAAGCCCCUGUGGUGGUGUGUGUGGGAGGGGCGACACCAGCCGACCGCAGUCAGUCAGUCAGUCGUUGGUGCUGAAGCUGACCGGAGCAUCACCGACAUCUCUCUCAUUUUGGGGGGUAAACUGUCCAUCUGGAUGCCACUUUGCUUUACGAUCCGUCCUGCGUGCUGCUGAUGGAAACAGACAUCCGUAAAAAUGUGCGCGAAUGUGUUCGGAGUUUUGAAAAGCCUGUUUGGGAAGCCCUUUGAUGGAGGGAAGAGGAUGGACCAUGGCGGACCGCAGCAGCAGCAACAUCCGAUGGAGCAGCAGCAGCCGUCAUAUCACCCGCAGCACCCCGCCAUGAUGCGGCUGUACGAGGUCCAGAAGGAGGUGGCGUCUCUGGGGCCUCAGGUGUGCACCUUCAGCGGCUUGCAGAACGACCGAGAAUACAAGCGUCUAGAGCGCGAGCUGACGCGGCUGCUGCUGGAGGUGGACCAGGUGGACACGGAGGGCAAACCGGAGCUGCAGGGGGCGCGAAAGAGAGCGGCACAAGAGGUGGAGGGCCUCCUGCGCUACCUGGAGGAGAACGCCACUCAUCCAUCCCGCAUAGCCAUCGAGGAGCUGAGCAUUGAGGCACGGCGGCUGGUGGAUGAACGCGUGGUGGCGCCUCAACGGUCCGGCGGGGUGGCGGAGAUAAACGACGAGCUGGUGGACGCCCUGCAGGAGCUUGUACUGAGGCUCACCCAAGUCAAGACCGAGGGGAGGGUGCCGCUCCGCAAGGCGCGCUACCGGGCACUGACACGCCUGUGCGCCGUGCAGGAUGUGAUCGAGGGUCGCACGCAGCAGCAGACCCUCUCCCUGCCGCUGUCAGGGGACACCCACGAGGCCGUGCACCGCAUCAACCAGGUGAUGGUGAAGGUGAGCGUGGCGCGCAGUCAGCUUGUGGCGCUGCUGAUGGGUCUGAGCGGGAGGGACAGCUGCGCCCACCUGUCACGGAUCCUGACGGAGAUGCAGGUGGAGCUGGACGCUCUGGAUGUUUCCGGGAACGCCGCGAUCAGAAACUACAGGAAACAGGUCGUGGAGGAGAUAAACGGGCUGCUGAAACAUCUGGACCUGGAGGGGGAGGGAGACGACACACGCAGGUACGACUUGGCGCAAAACAACUCCAUCCGUGAAAUCGAAGCGGUUCGAGCUCACGUCUCCCACCUGCGAGAGGGUGUCCUGCGCCACUGCGUGAUGGGCGAUCUGAGCUUCAGACCCAAAGCUGAGCUGCAGAGCCUCCUCACCCACCUGGACCAGGUGGACACGGCCAAGAACCCGUGCAUCAGAGAAGCUCGCCGCCGCGCCGUGGUGGAGGUCCAAGCCAUCAUCACCUUCCUGGACCUCCGUGAGGCCCUGGCCCGCCGCCAACCGGGCCCCAACGAGCACCCAUCACACCGGGCUGUGUGGCUGGUCCUGGGGAGCCUCUCGGACCUCCAGGCCCAGGUGUUAGGCUUCGACGGCAAGCGGGUCGACAAGAGCUACAUGAUGCUGGAGGAGCUGCUCACCAAACAGCUGCUGGCGCUGGACGCCGUGGACCCGCAGGGCGACGAGACCACCAAGAUGGCGCGGAAGCAGGCGGUGAAGUUCGCCCAAAACAUUCUCAACUAUCUGGACAUGAAGACAGACCAGUGGGAAUACUGAUCUGAAAAAGACAUCACAGCUUGUUGCCGGGCGGGGACACCGGAUGGGACGUCGCUGCAGGAACGAACGGAGCUGAUAAUGUGUGUAAAUAAAAACCUAGUACGUUAUCAUUCCACGGGCUGUAAAUAGACUCAAAUCCCCAGAAUGCACUGCAGCAGCGCUUUUUCUCUCGUCUCUUUGUGGUAGUUGUGGCCGAUCCUGCUCAGAAGAACACAGAACUCCUUUUGUGAAACACACUUUGAAUUUUUUUUCUUGCUUUUUGAACUUUUUUUUAAAUCUUCUGUGUGUGUGUGUGUGCGCGCGCGUGUGUGUCUGUCUGUUGUCGUAUUUUGUGUGUGGUUGCCGAGGCCGCUGCCAAAGCACUAAAUAAUGCCUGUUCUUGUGGUCGUAUCCUCCGGACUGCACUUAAUAUCGAUGAUGUGUGAUGGAUUGCUUCGCAGUGGUUUCCCCGUCUGGCCUGAUUAAUCUUAGUUGCUAAUGGAGACGGCCGAUGCAUGUGUUAAAUACAGUGACCUCGUUUAGAAAGAGUCGUCAACGGCUGCCAGCUCGAUCCAGAUCGUGGUACCUGUUGGUUUUGUGCCGACUUUGGGCAUUAAAAAUGACAUUUUUUGAGCAUUUUUAUUUUAUUUUUGCUGUAGUUUUGCAUUAAUAUUGGAUUUUAUUUGGCAGAGCAGAUGGCAUAAACAAAUGUUAAAUUGGAAUUUAAAUCUUCAGUAAAAUUGAGAUAGAUUUUUUUUAACAGCAAUGGUGAAACAGAAGCAGAGGCAGGCAAACUGUGUUUGAUCUUUUGAAACCUGGAAAGACAUCAGUUUGCAUGUGCUGUGCCUUUCACAUUCAACAGUUUUGAGACCUGAGAAAACUGGUAUGUUUUAUUCUGAAAUCAUUGCUAAAAGGGCAAGCAAUUUUGCAAGACGACCCAAAAGUUGCAAAAAUUAGAAAAAAAAUGGCCUGAAAAUUAUUUUUCAAUAAGUGGGAGAGAUAAAUUAUU